GAAAGUCUCCGCAUCAGGACAGUUUUUGUUAUAGCGCCCUCUCUUGAAUCAAAAUCUCCAAUGUUUCCAUGAUCAUACCAAUCGCCAUUUUACAAGUCCAAAUCCAAACUAAUCACGUAAAUUCCUCAAAUAAUUCCUAAAUAUCCAGGUUAAUCCAAUCAUCGAAUCACUUCUAUUAAUCACCAAAGUCCCGUGCGUGCAUCCUAAUCAACCACGGGUAUAUGAUCACCAAUAAAUCAAAGUUCAAGUACACCUUCUUUUCAUGGUCCUUCGAGCCCGUAUUUGAACCAGCGACCUACAGCUAUGGCUACGAAUGAAAUGGAGACCGAGAACAUUAACCAGACAACCCCUCUUGAUGAUACCCAUGCAGUUACCAUUGGCGGUGUUACUAUUCCAGUUGCAAGUCCAGCUACCAGUACACAUCCAGUCCCAGUUACUGUCACCAUCGUCGAGACCUCACCUUCCUCUACCGGGGUUUGCAGCACAGCUACAGCUGCAGCAGUUGGACUACAGACAAGUGCUGUUACCGUCCAAUCCCGUUCUCGGUCCUCUCGGGACAGACGUAUGCCGGCCCACUUUCAGGACUUUGUUAUUGACCACCAUCCUUCAACUUCCGGCAGAACAGAUGAACGUAGCGUUGUAACCACACAAACAUCUCGUUCACGGAGGAGUUCUCACUCAUCGAACUCACUCUACAGCGGACAGUCCCGUCACAGUAAAUCUUCCUUCAAGUCAAUACUGAGUGACUCCCAAUCAGCGAAACUCAAACAGCAACGCAAACAGGCUGAACUGGAAGAGAUGAAACGCCAGAUUGAGGAAGAUCAAUCAGCAGAUGAAGAGUUACAAAGGCUAGACGAUGAGGCAUAUGCCGCACGGAUACACGCAGACGAAGAAGCCCUUGCGGCUCGUAGACGUGCCGAAGAAAUUGAGCGAAAUGCUUUUCGUCAGCGCGAGUCUCUGAACACACGACUAUCAAGACAAAGAAGAUUGCGAGAAGUGGAACAACAGCUAAAUGAAGCACGACUGAUCACAGCCAUGGUCAACAGUGAUCCAGAACCAGAGAUAGAGAAACAGCAUCAAACUGUGACCCCAUCUUCUAUCAACCAAACAACAUUGUCUGACUCACCAACCCAGGGUCAAACAAUCACAGUCAGUGCUGAGAAUACUCACAUAGACAACUUGAGUGAUUUCCCUACAUACAGCAAUACUGCAGCUCAUAAGCACAAAGCUGAAGUACACGUAGUUGAUGUCACCAUUCCGGCUGUUUAUUCUCCAUCUAAAGUAACACCACCGUCCAUGCAGCCGGCAGUUACCAAUCCGUACCCUAUGACUGCACCAACACAGUCGGUUGGUUGGGCACCACCUUUUCCAAACCCCUUCGCACAACCGUACCCGGCUCCAUCACAUCCAAUGGGGCCAGCUCCAGCACAAAUGAUGAUGCCGAACUCCACGGAGAUGCUGAUUGCCUCUUCAUAUGGCAUACCAAGGCCAGUACUACCUACCUUCAGCAGUGGAAAGGAGAAAGACUUUGCCCUCCUAAAAAUGGCACUCGAUAACCUGAUCGACGUUCAUCCCCACUUAACCGAGCCGUACAAGUACCAGGUUUUGCUGGGUAAACUCAGCGGGAACAUCAAGAGGUUAGCCGAAGCUUUCAUCCAUGAAGCCAAGCCAUACACUGCAGCUCUGCAAGCCUUGAAAGAAAGGUACGGUCAACCACGGCAGUUGAUACAGAGUGAAAUCAACUCCAUCCUGAGUAUGCCCCCUGUGAAGUACAACGACAAUGACGCCUUUGAGAACUUUUCCCUCUCCGUGCAUUCAUUGGUAGGGAUGCUUAAAUCUCUGGAGGGAGAGAAUGGCUAUGAAUUAAAGUGCGGUUCUCAUGUCGACCGACUCCUAAGCAAACUUCCAUCAAGCUACAGAGAUAGAUUUGUGGAGCACUGCAUUAGUAGAGACAUAAUUAAGGUAGACUCAAACAACACCUAUACCCUACUCCACUUUGCAAACUGGUUGCAAACGAAGUCCCGAGCGAGGCGAAUUGUCAGUCAGGCUACUGCUAUCCAGAAGAGUGACAACCCUUCUACUGAUAAGAAGGAUAAACACUUUCAGAAGAGGAAUGCUCCUGCAACAGCAGUAUUCGUCACAAACGAAACACCAACGAUGCCCCCAUCGACGAACACCACUUACUCUGGACAGAAGGGCCCAAACAGACCCAAAGCCUACUGUCCCAAGUGUAACGAGACAACACACUACCUCAACAGCUGUACAGAGUUUAAACAGUUGACAACCGAACAGAUCAUUAACUGGAUCAAGGAAAAGAAUAGGUGCUGGAGGUGUGGGCGUUCCCACAAGCCAGAAAACUGCACCCUGAAGAAACCUUGUAACACCUGCAAAGAACAGCACCUGACUGCCCUCCAUGCUGCCAUCCAGAGCGGAGCUAGUAAGGUUUACGUCACAGAAGCAGUAACGCAAGCCCUCUUCAUCGACCAACCCUCCCGACCACAUCAUAUUAUGCUAAAGGUGGUAAAAGUUCUGCUUCACGGACCAGGAGGGAUGAUGGAGACCUAUGCCAUCCUUGACGACGGUUCAAUGCGAACCAUGAUCCUGAUGCCAGCUGUUCAAGCGUUGAAGCUUUCUGGGGUAGAAGACAACAUACUCCUGGCUACAGUGCGCAGUGAGCCAUUCCUAUGUGCAGGAAAAUCAGUUAACCUGCAAGUGUCACCCAGGGACAACUCUGACGUCAGAUAUCCUAUCAAUGGUGCCUUUGCUGCCAACAACUUGUGCCUCUCUGAGUACUCGUAUCCUGUUGAAGCCCUCAAGAAACGAUGGUCACACCUUCGUCAGAUACCCUUGCCUCCGAUCAAUAAGGCUUGCCCACUAAUCCUGAUUGGUUCAGACUAUGCUGACCUCAUUCACCCGAUACAACCAGUUCGAUUUGGCCCCAGAGGAGCACCAUUAGCUGUAUGCACAAAACUUGGUUGGUCUCUACAGGGUCCAGCCAAUCUCCUUCAAAGCCAAUCAGAAGAGCAACAGUGCUUAUUCACGACAACCCUUCAGCCAACCACAGAUCUGCUUAAAAAUGUUGAACGACUCUGGCAAGCAGACAUCCUACCCUACUCUGAAAAGCAAGUCACUCGCUCGAAACAAGAUAAGCAAGCCAUAGCGACACUUGAAGAGAAAACCAUCAGAAAAGAGAUUGACGGAGUUCAGCGCUACGCCACUCCUCUACUUCGCACCAAAGACGACAACAAAUUCAGAGCUACUAAGGAAGCCGUCAUGCAAAACCUGAAGCGGAACGAAAGACGCCUCCAAAAACACCCAGAUAAAGCUGAAAUUCACAACAAGCUUAUCCAAACCCUUGUCGACACAGGCUUUGUGAAAAUCAUCAGCAACGAAGAAGCUCUGAAAACUGAAGAGUCCUGGUAUAUUCCGCACCACGUAGUUGAGCACAAUGGAAAACACCGCUUGGUAUUCAACUGCUCUUACGAGUAUGAAGGCAAGAUCCUCAACAAUCACCUACUACCAGGGCCAACACAAGGUGCUUCACUGCUCGGCGUAUUCCUGCGAUUCCGCCAACACCCUGUUGCCAUAUCUGGGGAUAUUCAGGCAAUGUUCCAUCAAGUGAGACUACUCCCUGAAGACAAACCUCUCCUUCGAUUUGUAUGGCGUAAGAUGAACCGAGACGUUGAGCCAGAUAUCUACGAAUGGCAAGUUUUACCAUUUGGCACCACGUGCAGCCCAUGCUGUGCCACAUUUGCACUACGCAAACACGUCAGCGAUGACAAGGAUGUCUGCAGUGCAGUUGACCAGGCAUUCUACGUCGACAAUUGCCUUGACAGUAAACCUACCAUAUCCGAAGCAAAGGAGCUCGUUAUGAAGAUGCGAAAGCUACUCUCAACUGGUGGUUUCAACAUCAGACAAUGGGCCAGCAACAUCCCUUCAGUAGUUGAUGAACUUCCAUCUAAUGCCAGAUCUGAAGGCUACGAGCUCUGGUUAGCCUUUGGUCAGAACGACUUGUCCGAAGGCACCCUUGGACUUCGAUGGCAAUGUUCAACAGACGAACUCAGUUAUAAACACAGAUCAACUGAGUACUCGACGCUCAACCUACGAACUAUCUACAAGAUUCUUGCUAGCCAGUAUGAUCCAAUUGGCUACAUUUCUCCCUUCACAGCACGUGCUAAGGUGCUAGUGCAAGACCUUUGGAAGACAAAACGAGACUGGGACGACCCUCUGGAACCAGGAAAGAUCCGUGAUCAGUGGCUCACUUGGGAGGAGGAGCUCUCCGACCUUCCUCUGGUUAAACUGCCGAGAUGUUACACCCCGCCUGAUGUCAACACAGUGACUUCCAAUAGAGAACUACAUGUUUUCUGUGACGCAUCUGAACGAGUAUACGGAUCAGUUGCCUACCUCCGCACUGAAGAUGACAAGGGGAACGUCAGCGUCAGUUUUCUCAUGUCUCGAUCCAGAGUGGCACCGAAAAGACAACUAUCGAUGCCACGACUCGAGUUAUCAGCAGCUCUCACCGGUGCACAACUAGCCGAUCUCCUUCGUAAGGAACUUACCCUAGAGAUCAACAAGGUCACCCUAUGGAGCGAUUCGACCACGGUCCUGCAGUGGUUGAAGUCAGAAUCAUGCCGAUAUAAGGUCUUCGUUGGUACUCGUGUCACCGAAAUACAGACCCUUACAGAUGUGCAGGACUGGCGCUAUGUGGACACCCAGAACAACCCUGCCGAUGACAUUACCAGGGGUAAGUCACUCAAAGAACUGAGUGAAGAAUCCCGAUGGAAGACAGGCCCACUCUAUCUUCGUCAACCUCCGUCUCAGUGGCCGAAAAGUCCAAUCACUGACCCUACAGAGGAUGCAACAGAGCUGAAGAAAGCAACCUUCUGUGGUAAGACUGCCAUUGUAGAAAACCCAUUGCAGCCCGAUCUCCAUCAGUACAACAGCUGGGACGCUCUGGUAGAGGCUUUCAAACUAUCCCUUCACGGGGUGGCCAAACCUGGAGAUGACACAGCACAGUUGCGGGAGGACAUCGAAAAUCUUCUGUACCAAAAAUGUCAACUCGAAAGCUUCCCUGAAGAGCUGUCUGCCUUAAAGGCCAAACGAGGAAUACCGUCCGGGAGCAAGCUCUCACAGUUGGACCCAGCCUAUGACGAAACCGCAAAGCUCAUCAGAGUUGGAGGACGACUACGUAGGGCAGAAAUCCUCUCCGAUGCUGUUAAAUACCCAAUCGUCCUUGAUCCUCAUCACCACAUCACCAAGCUGAUAAUACGUGACUAUGACGAGAAGCUUCUUCACUAUGGUCCAGAACGUAUUCUAGCUGAAUUAAGACGCAAGUUUUGGAUACUCCGGGGAAGGGAGGCAAUUCGUCGUCAUCAGCAUCAAUGCUUUGAAUGCCGCAAAUGGCGCGCAAAACCCGAAGUACCAAAGAUGGGUGAUCUUCCUCCGUCCCGUCUCCGUCUAUUUAAGCCAGCCUUCUACUCUACCGGUGUUGACUGUUUCGGUCCGAUGCAUGUCAAGAUUGGUCGCCGCUCCGAGAAAAGGUGGGGGGUGAUCUUCAAGUGUAUGACGACCAGAGCUAUUCAUAUAGAUCUCUUAGAAGGCCUGGACACCGAUGCCUUCUUGAUGUCCUUUCGGCGCUUCAUUUCCAGACGAGGGAAGCCCUAUGAGUUGAUAUCUGAUUGCGGAACCAAUUUCAAGGGAGCUGAAACUGAAUUACAGGAAGCAUUCCAUGCCAUGAAACCUGACCUUGCUGCACAACUAGGCGACCAGAAAGUGAGAUUCAAGUUUAAUCCACCCAGUGCACCUCACUUCGGCGGAGUGUGGGAGCGAGAGAUCAAGAGUAUUAAAGACGGUCUCAAGGUUGUAAUCAAGGACCAAUCAGUCACCGAAGCCGUACUACGCACCGUCCUGAUAGAAAUUGAAGGCAUCCUCAAUUCCAAGCCAUUGGGCUACAUCUCAUCUGAUGUUGCAGACAUCAAUCCCAUAACUCCGAAUAUCCUACUGAUGGGACGCCACGACCAGUCACUUCCACAAGUAGUAUACCCUGUCGACGAGCUGAUAGGACGACGCCGAUGGCGCCACAGCCAAGUACUAGCGGACCAGUUCUGGUCACAUUUCCUGAAAUACUACCUGCCAAGCCUCCAACUUCGCCCAAAAUGGCAAAAGGACUGCCGUAACCUCACCUGUGGCGAUGUUGUCAUGAUUGCUGACCCUCAGCAGCCUAGAGCUCAUUGGCUAGUUGGUAGAGUCAUCGAGACACUUCCUGGAGUUGAUGAUCGCAUCCGAGCGGCCAGAGUUAAAGUCGCUGAUCGCGAAUACACCAGACCCGUUGCGCGUCUGAUACGCCUACCUGAGAUCACCGAUAGUGAAGACCCCUAGAGAUGGACACCUAUCGUGGACUUUUGAAGACUUUCUCUGUUUGAUAAAAUUUAGAGCCUAAAUUUGGGGUGGCUGUCAGAAAGUCUCCGCAUCAGGACAGUUUUUGUUAUAGCGCCCUCUCUUGAAUCAAAAUCUCCAAUGUUUCCAUGAUCAUACCAAUCGCCAUUUUACAAGUCCAAAUCCAAACUAAUCACGUAAAUUCCUCAAAUAAUUCCUAAAUAUCCAGGUUAAUCCAAUCAUCGAAUCACUUCUAUUAAUCACCAAAGUCCCGUGCGUGCAUCCUAAUCAACCACGGGUAUAUGAUCACCAAUAAAUCAAAGUUCAAGUACACCUUCU